CCGCCGUCUUCAUAUAUCCAUGCACUUCCAUUUCUGUCAACUAACUUAUUGGACUGCAAGCUCCAGUGACUGGCUGGACUCUGCACUGGACUCUGAUCAUGGGGCGCUGGACGCAGUACGAUGAGGAUAACUACAGACUACCUGAGGGAGUAGAGCGGAUAGGAUACGACAGCGACACUGGGCGGUAUUAUUUUCGUGAUAACGACGGCCUUCUCUAUAAAGGCCCUGAGGGAUCUGAAUUUGGUGAACUCGUCCAAGUCUCCGAGUUGCCUGUCGCCGUUGCACCCCAAGUCGACGACGACCACGAUGAUCUCGAAGCAGCGCCUACCCAACGGAAUGGCUAUCGCCAACUUGCAAUAGAUGAGCACGGUUCACGUCAUACCCUCCGAGGCGGCUCUUACCGCACAUUAUUUCCCUUUUUCCUUGUCGUCUCGGUCGUGUUGCUCCUUGUGUGGCGUCUUGUUUUACUCCCUACCCGUGUUGCACCGGCUCCCUGCCCAAGUACAACAAUAUCGUAUAUCGUCCAAUCCGGUGACACCUGUUACGACAUCGCCCGCAGCCACAAUACGACUUUGGACAAACUCCUUAUUGUCAACCCGCAGAUUGUUUGCAGCAAGUUAAUGCCGGGGGAUAGGGUCUGUGUGCCGGACGAAGGUUCAUCCAUUAGCAGGCGUUUCGGUGGACGCGUUUGAGUGUGACUUUGAUGAUAUCUUGGACCCGAGCAUUUGUAUCACACUAUCUGCAUUUCCAUUUUGCACCUAUCUGGGACCUGUGUAACUCGGCUUUACGAUUGCUGUCCACAAGAGUCCGCAGUGUGAAGUGAUGACG